GUUUCUCGGUCGCCCGUGAGUGUCUGUGCGCGUUUAUCCCGAAGCUCCUCGCCGGGCCGUUACUUCAGCAGAGAAGAGGGCGAGCGGGAGCGAGGCGAGGCUCCCAAGUCCCCGGCGACCCCGGCUCCCCAGCCCUCCUCCCCCUCCGCGUUCCCGCCCGGGGCGGCCGCCGCUAGCCGGAGUUCUGUUUUAGUUGCUGUUUAAAAUCAUUGUAGUGAAGAACACUGAACUUUGGAAAAAAAUGUUAGAAACUAUAGACAAAAAUCGAGCCCUGCAGGCAGCAGAGCGCUUGCAAGCCAAGCUGCGAGAACGUGGAGAUGUAGCCAAUGAAGACAAGCUGAACCUUCUCAAGUCAGUCUUGCAGAGCCCGCUCUUCGGUCAGAUUCUGAACCUUCAGACUUCCGUACAGCAGCUGAAAGAGCAGGUAAACACUACAACAUUGGCAAUUUCAAAUGUCGAAUAUGCUCACAUUCCACAUCUCAGUCCAGCUGUAAUUCCUAUUCUGCAAAAUGAAUUGUUCUUAUCAUCCUCAAAUAAUGGGAAUCUGGAAGCAUUUACAGGAUCUGGUACUCCACACAUCAAUGGGAAACCUACUUGUGAUGAAUUUGAUCAACUAAUCAAGAAUAUGGCCCAGGGUCGCCACAUAGAAGUUUUUGAGCUCCUCAAACCUCCAUGUGGAGGUCUUGGGUUUAGUGUUGUGGGACUCAGGAGUGAAAACCGGGGAGAACUGGGAAUAUUCGUGCAGGAGAUCCAAGAGGGCAGUGUGGCCCACAGAGAUGGAAGAUUGAAGGAAACCGAUCAGAUCCUUGCUAUCAAUGGACAGGCACUUGAUCAGACAAUUACACAUCAGCAGGCUAUCAGCAUCCUGCAGAAAGCCAAAGAUAAUGUCCAGCUAGUUAUUGCCAGAGGCUCAUUGCCUCAGCUCAUCAGCCCCAUAGUUUCCCGUUCUCCAUCUGCAGCCAGCACAAUUUCAGCUCACUCUAACCCGGUUCACUGGCAGCAUGUGGAGACUAUUGAACUGGUGAACGAUGGAUCUGGACUGGGAUUUGGCAUCGUCGGAGGAAAAGCAACUGGAGUGAUCGUAAAAACCAUUCUGCCUGGAGGAGUAGCUGACCAGCAUGGGCGAUUGUGUAGUGGAGAUCACAUUCUAAAGAUCGGUGACACGGAUCUAGCAGGAAUGAGCAGUGAGCAAGUAGCACAAGUGCUCAGGCAAUGUGGAAACAGAGUUAAAUUGAUGAUCGCAAGAGGUGCCGUAGAAGAACCAGCAGCACCCUCUUCUUUGGGCGCCACGCUUUCCUCAUCCCCAUCUCGUACACCAGAAGUGCGGGUUGAUGCUUCUACUCAGAAAAGUGAAGAAAGUGAGACAUUUGAUGUAGAACUCACUAAAAAUGUCCAAGGAUUAGGAAUUACCAUUGCUGGUUACAUUGGAGAUAAAAAAUUAGAACCUUCAGGAAUCUUUGUAAAGAGCAUUACAAAGAGCAGUGCUGUUGAACAUGAUGGAAGAAUCCAAAUUGGAGACCAAAUUAUAGCAGUAGAUGGCACAAACCUUCAGGGUUUUACCAAUCAACAAGCAGUAGAGGUGUUGCGACACACAGGACCAACUGUGCACCUGACACUAAUGAGAAGAGGAGCAAAGCAGGAGGCUGAGCUCACGUCAAGGGAGGACGUCACAAAGGACACAGUUCCGUCUCCUGUGAAUGCCAGCGGAAGCAAAGAAAAUUAUGAAAAAGAUGAAGAUUCUUCAUCUUUGAGUAGAAACACCAGCAUAUUACCAAUUGAAGAAGAAGGAUAUCCGUUAUUGUCAGCAGAGAUGGAAGACAUAGAAGAUGCACAACAACAGGAAGCUGCCCUGCUGACAAAGUGGCAAAGGAUUAUGGGGAUUAAUUAUGAAAUAGUGGUGGCCCAUGUGAGCAAGUUCAGUGAGAACAGUGGGUUGGGGAUAAGUCUGGAAGCAACAGUGGGACAUCAUUUUAUCCGAUCUGUUCUACCAGAAGGUCCUGUUGGACACAGUGGGAAGCUUUUCAGUGGAGAUGAGCUGUUGGAAGUGAAUGGCAUAACUUUGCUUGGGGAAAAUCACCAAGAUGUGGUGAAUAUUUUAAAAGAACUGCCAAUAGAGGUGACAAUGGCGUGCUGUCGACGAACCGUGCCGCCCACCAGCCAGUCAGGGUUGGAUAGCCUGGACUUAUGUGAUAUUGAACUGACAGAAAAGCCUCAUGUAGAUCUGGGCGAGUUCACUGGGUCCUCGGAGACUGAGGAACCUGUGCUGGCGAUGACCGAGGCGGCUCAGAAUGCGGAGGAGGUUCAAGGACCUUUGGCCAUGUGGGAGGUUGAUGUGCAGCAUAUCGAACUGGAGAAAGGAAACAAAGGACUUGGUUUUAGCAUUUUAGAUUAUCAGGAUCCCAUUGAUCCAGCAAGCACUGUGAUUGUAAUUCGUUCUUUGGUGCCUGGCGGCAUUGCCGAAAAGGAUGGUCGACUUCUUCCUGGAGAUCGACUCAUGUUUGUCAAUGAUGUUAACUUGGAAAACAGCAGUCUUGAAGAAGCUGUGCAGGCUUUGAAGGGUGCGCCAGCAGGAACUGUGAGAAUCGGAGUUGCUAAACCGUUACCUGUGGACACAAGUGAGGCCGACUUAGCAGAUGAAUCGACACUGGAGUCUCAGUACUCUCCUGAUAAUGACAGUAUCUACUCCACUCAAGCCUCUAUUUUAUCCCUUCACGGCAGUGCUUGUAGCGAUGGCCUGAACUAUGGUCCCUCCCUUCCAUCUUCUCCUCCCAAGGAUGUUAUUGAAAAUUCUUCAGAUCCGGUACUUGAUCUGCGCCUGUCCUUGGAGGAACUAUACACCCAGAAUCUCCUGCAAAGACAGAAUGAGAGUCCAUCUUCAGUAGACUUGAGCAUGGGACCUGCCUCUGGCUUUACUGUAAAUGAUUAUACCCCUGCAAAUGCUAUUGAACAGCCAUACAAAUGUGAAAACACAAGAACAUGGGCUGAAUCUCACCUACCAAAUGAAAUGAUACCAAGUGCAGAACUUACUUCUCCCAUGCUACCUGAUUCAACUGGAAAGGGCGCCGAGUUCUUAAUUCAGCAGAGCUCCCUGACCUCAACUGCGGAGUGCGUCAUGCUCCAAAACCUAUCCAAAGAAUCGUUUGAGAGGACUCUUACUAUAGCAAAAGGCAACUCCAGCCUAGGGAUGACAGUGAGUGCUAAUAAAGAUGGCUUGGGGAUGAUCGUUCGAAGCAUUAUUCAUGGAGGUUCCAUUAGUCGAGAUGGCCGGAUUGCUGUUGGGGACUGCAUCUUAUCUAUUAAUGAAGAAUCUACUAUCAGUUUAACCAGUGCCCAGGCACGAGCGAUGUUGAGAAGACACUCUCUCAUUGGGCCUGACAUAAAAAUUACUUAUGUGCCCGCAGAACAUUUGGAAGAGUUCAAAAUAAGUUUGGGGCAACAAUCUGGAGGAAUAAUGGCCCUGGAUAUUUUUUCUUCAUCCUCUGGCAGAGACAUUCCAGAACUACCAGAGCGAGAAGAAGGAGAGGGAGAAGAAAGUGAGCUUCAAAAUUCAGCAUACAGUAAUUGGAACCAGCCCAGGCGGGUUGAACUUUGGAGAGAACCAAGCAAAUCCUUGGGCAUCAGCAUUGUUGGUGGAAGAGGCAUGGGGAGUCGUCUAAGCAACGGUGAAGUGAUGAGGGGCAUUUUCAUCAAACACGUUCUUGAAGAUAGUCCAGCUGGCAAAAAUGGAACCUUGAAACCUGGAGAUAGAAUAGUAGAGGUGGAUGGAAUGGACCUCAGAGAUGCAAGCCAUGAGCAAGCUGUGGAAGCCAUUCGGAAAGCAGGCAACCCCGUAGUCUUUAUGGUACAGAGCAUUAUAAACAGACCAAGGGCACCCAGUCAGUCAGAAUCAGAGCCGGAAAAGGCUCCAUUGUGCAGUGCGCCUCUGCCCCCUUCUUCAGCAUUUGCAGAAAUGAGCGGUGAUCAUACACAGUCGUCUGCAAGCAAAAUCACAGAAGACGUGGACGAAGGGGAUGAGUUUGGUUACAGCUGGAAAAAUAUCAGAGAGCGUUACGGAACCCUAACGGGAGAGCUACAUAUGAUUGAGCUGGAGAAAGGUCGUAGUGGUUUGGGUCUAAGUCUUGCUGGGAACAAAGACCGAUCCAGGAUGAGUGUCUUUGUAGUGGGGAUUGAUCCAAAUGGAGCAGCUGGGAAAGAUGGUCGACUGCAGAUUGCAGAUGAACUUCUAGAGAUCAAUGGUCAAAUUUUAUAUGGAAGAAGUCAUCAGAAUGCUUCUUCAAUCAUUAAAUGUGCUCCUUCUAAAGUAAAAAUAAUUUUUAUCAGAAAUAAAGAUGCGGUGAGUCAGAUGGCUGUAUGUCCUGGAAAUACAGUAGAACCUUUGCCUUCUACCUCAGAGAAUUCUCAAAAUAAGGAGGCUGAGCCAAGUGGUACUACUUGUGAUGCAGCUGUGGACCUCUAUUCAUUUAAAAAUGUGCAACAUCUGGAGCUUCCCAAGGAUCAAGGGGGUUUGGGCAUUGCUAUCAGUGAGGAAGAUACGCUCAGUGGAGUCGUCAUAAAGAGUCUAACCGAGCAUGGGGUGGCAGCCAAGGAUGGACGGCUCAAAGUUGGAGAUCAGAUUUUGGCUAUAGAUGAUGAAGUUGUUGUUGGCUAUCCUGUUGAAAAGUUUAUUAGCCUUUUGAAAACAGCAAAGACAACAGUGAAACUUAGCAUUCAUGCUGAGAAUCGCGACCCCCUGGCUGGGACGGCCAGUGGAGAACAGAAGAGCAGCUCCUUGUCUCCGACGGCCCCAUCUUCUGGCUCCCCAGAACCAGAGUCCAUCCCAAGUACAAGCAGGUCAUCAACACCAGCGAUCUUUGCUUCUGAUCCUGCAACCUGCCCCAUUAUCCCAGGCUGCGAAACAACAAUUGAGAUUUCCAAAGGGCGAACAGGGCUGGGCCUGAGUAUUGUUGGAGGGUCGGACACUCUGCUGGGUGCCAUUAUUAUCCACGAAGUUUAUGAAGAAGGAGCAGCUUGUAAAGAUGGAAGACUCUGGGCUGGAGAUCAGAUUCUAGAGGUGAAUGGAAUUGACUUGAGAAAGGCCACGCAUGAUGAAGCAAUACAUGUCCUGAGACAGACCCCACCAAGAGUGCGCCUGACGCUCUACAGAGAUGAGGCCCCAUACAAAGAGGAAGACGUGUAUGACACCCUCACUGUCGAGCUGCAGAAGAAGCCAGGGAAAGGCCUGGGAUUAAGUAUUGUUGGGAAAAGAAAUGAUACCGGAGUGUUUGUGUCUGACAUCGUCAAAGGAGGGAUUGCCGAUGCUGACGGAAGACUGGUGCAGGGAGACCAGAUACUAACGGUGAAUGCAGAAGACGUCCGGCAUGCCACCCAGGAAGCUGUGGCUGCUUUGCUGAAGUGUUCCCUAGGCACAGUGACCUUGGAAGUUGGAAGAAUCAAAGCUGGUCCAUUCCAUUCAGAGAGGAGGCCUUCUCAGAGCAGCCAGAUGAGUGAAGGCAGCCUGUCAUCAUUCACUUUUCCACUUUCUGGAUCCAGUACCUCUGAGUCACUGGAAAGUAGCUUGAAGAAGAAUGCAUUGGCAUCUGAAAUACAGGGAUUAAGAACAGUUGAAAUAAAAAAGGGGCCUACUGACUCACUGGGAAUCAGCAUUGCUGGAGGAGUGGGCAGCCCACUUGGGGAUGUUCCCAUAUUUAUUGCAAUGAUGCACCCAAAUGGAGUUGCAGCUCAGACCCAGAAACUCAGAGUUGGGGACCGGAUUGUCACUAUCUGUGGCACUUCCACUGAGGGGAUGACUCAUACCCAAGCAGUCAACUUACUGAAAAAUGCCUCGGGCUCCAUUGAAAUGCAGGUGGUUGCUGGAGGAGAUGUGAGUGUGGUCACAGGUCAUCAGCAGGAGCCGGCCACUUCUAGUCUUUCUUUCACUGGGCUGACAUCAAGCAGUAUAUUUCAGGAUGAUUUAGGACCUCCUCAGUGUAAAUCUAUUACACUAGACCGAGGACCAGAUGGCUUAGGCUUUAGUAUAGUCGGAGGAUAUGGCAGCCCUCAUGGAGACUUACCCAUUUAUGUUAAAACAGUGUUUGCGAAGGGAGCAGCCUCGGAAGACGGGCGUCUCAAAAGGGGUGAUCAGAUCAUUGCUGUCAAUGGGCAGAGUCUGGAAGGGGUGACCCACGAAGAAGCUGUGGCCAUCCUCAAGCGGACGAAGGGAACUGUCACUUUGAUGGUUCUCUCCUGAAUUUACUGCAGAGUGGGGCCAACUCAGCCCCCUGCUCCCAUCCCACACUGUGAAGGGAAUGGAACUGCUCUUGCGGAUAACUUUCCCCUGCACCGUCUUCAUCAGGCUCUUCAGAACUUGGGGGGGAAGUACCAUUUAAGUUUUUUUUCUCAUGUGGAAAUGAUUUUCUGGCAACCUAGCAUCAUUUUUCCUUUCUCCUUGGAUUUUGUGAACAUAAACUCAAAGGGAAGGACUGUGUGCAUAGAUAAACCCAAUCUUCGUAAAGAUGUCUGACAUUCGGCAGUCACAUGUGCAGAAAUUAUGAUGUGCUGAACUGGUUAGUAGAGAAAGAAAAAAAGCGAAAACUAAGAAAUGGCUUUAGUAAAUUAGGGUGAGAAUGAAAAUAUAAAAGAAAAAAGAAAAUCUCAAGUUUUAUAUAAAAAAUGCUUCAUUCUUGUCAGUCCCAACUCCUCCCCAUUUCUAACUAGAAAAGAAAAUAAAACAUUUUUCUCUAUUGAAAAUCCUUAAAAAUACUCUGUAUUAAAAAUAUUUGAAUAUUAUAAAAAAUUGCAUAUCCCCCCCUUUAAUAUACCCAUACAUAUUUUCCUCCUAAAAUGGGUUUCUAAGAUUGAGUAAAUAGCAAUUAUAUGAAGCAGUGUCCCUAAGUUGGUAAAGAACACAGCUGAUGCAAAUCUUGAUGUUCAUUUUUAUUUUUGACCUGUUACGAAAUAUUUUCAUGUUUCUGUAAGUAAGAUGGUGAUGCCACCCACUAUUGACUGUGGUUUCUCUAGAAAGCAGCCGUGCUAGCCACGGAGGAACAUGGAAGUCUCUCAGAAUCUUUAAUGCUGGUUUUAACCGAUGCAACACUAAAAAUGCAUGCUGUGCAAUUGGUUUUCAGUUACUAUUAAUCUUAAUGACAGAGAAAAAAGCAAUGUGUUAGUAAUUAUUUUGGUUGUGUGCCAUUAGUAAAUUGAUAGAAAAAUUAAGGGGAUUAACAUAACUUCAUUUCAUUGCCUUAUAUUAACAUCUUAUAAUACAAUAGUUUAAGACUAAGGGAAACAGAUGGAGCUGUUUAUUGAGACAACUGGUGAGGAAUUAUCAUGUGUUCAUUCCCAUUUUAGAGCGUGAAACUCCUACAUUAGAAUAUAUAAAGUCACUUUAAAUAUUAUCUAUAUUUGUAACAGAAGUAGUGUACAGAUAUUUUAUUACAGCACUUUUGUGUAAAUGGAGAACCGAAGUGAAUAAAUAACAAGUUUCAUGGUGCACAAAUAAAGAAA